AUGAACUCUGGUCUCCCUAUUGAUGUUAAAUAUAAGUUGUCCUCUGGUCUCCCUACUGAUUUAAAAAAAUUGUGCUUUUUGUGUGGAGUUUGCAUUUUCCUGCUAUCUGUAUCCUCGUCCUUGGGUCUGUUCAGCUACUGCGGGGUUGCUGCCACACUUAUCAUCAUUGAAGUCGUUCCAUUCCUAGUUUUAGCUGUCGGAGUCGACAACAUCUUCAUCUUUGUCCAAGCUUUCCAGAGAGAUGAAGCUCUUACUGGUGAGGAGCUUGAAGACAGAAUCGGAAGGGUCCUAGGCAAAGUUGGACCAAGCAUGCUCCUGACCAGCUGUGCUGAAUCACUUGCUUUCUUCUUGGGUGCACUGACCGAUAUGCCAGCAGUACGAGUAUUCUCUCUUUAUUCAGCUAUGGCGGUUUUAUUAGAUUUCCUGUUUCAAAUAACUGUUUUUGUUGCAAUUAUGACGUUGGAUGCCAAAAGAGAAGAAAGCAAUAGGCUGGAUAUUUGCUGUUGUGUACAACUGGAUAAAACAAAGAAAGAAAGAAACUCUGAGGGAAUUCUUUUUAAAAUUUUUAAGAACUUUUAUUCGAAAGCUUUACUUUCCAAAGUUGUUCGACCAAUUGUGAUGAUCAUGUUUGUUGGAUAUUUCUGCUUCAGUGUUUCUCAGAUUCAUGAAAUAGAGAUUGGGCUUGAUCAAAAGCUAUCCAUGCCAGAUGUGAGUAUUAACAAGAGAUCUUUAUGCUGUUAG